CGAAGACACGCUUCAUUUGACUGUCAGCCGCGUUGGUCUUCAGUUGGGUUGGUCUUCGGUGGAUAACUUUUAACAAUAGCCGUGAAGAUGAUGAACCUAUUUCUUUUGGCUGGCACUAGCAACAGCAGCGGUGGGAAGGAGGCUCUCAACAUCAACAGCAAGUUGGUGCAUGGAUUUAUCCUGCUGCUGGCCUGCAUUCUGCUGGGCGCCAACAUCAACAGCGCCUCCUUUGCACCCGGCACUGUGCUGGACAUCAAGUUGGGCGAAACUACCGUGGAGCAGUUCAAAUACAUACCCCUCGCCGAUGGCUAUGAGUUUGGUUACACCCUGCCCAAUGGCGCCCAUCGUGAUGAGAUCGGCAAGGUGCUUAGUGGCACUUCGGCUGCCAAGGAUCUGGAGAAUGCCAACAAUCUGGCACGCAAUCGUCGCCCCUCCCGCGAGAACGGCCUCAAGGUGCGCAAGCUCUCGGGCAAAUCCCUCGCAUCUCUGGCCGGCUAAGCACAUCCUCAACCUUCCCCUGCCGCCCAUCAUCCAUAAUUACUUUUAAAUAUUUUGCACUCUUCGAAUUAACAGCCAUAGUGGACAAAACAGUGUCAACUGCUUUAGGUUUAUUUAUUAUUAAAAGCAAAUAAAAACGAUUCAUCACCCAA